UUCAGCUUGUGGAACCAACGCUAUUUUGGCGUCAUACAUUCUACAUACACUUUUAAAACAAACAAGCCAAUUGUAGUGACAGCAUUAGUAACUAGCGGCAACCGUGAGUACCAGGGUGCCAGCGAGUCUGGUGACACCACGACAACCCUGCUAUCAUUCUUGCCCGCAGCUAGUGAAUACCCGGUGGUGCCCGACCAGACACCUAACCUCUAGGCUCUUGUCGAGUUAACGGUCAAACUAGGUCAGAUUGAGGCAUUAGGUGUCGCCUUGGAAGUGAACUAGAAACUCGUUGUGACUUGUUUCGACACACGAACUCUCCGCCCUCGGUGCCUUGCAUGACCUCAGGGAGCGUGGUGUCUUUCCCAAGACGCGUUAUCGUGGACGUGAGAAGUAGUAGUUGCACGCGUAGAAUAGUGAGUGAAUAGUGCAGUAGUGAUGGUGCAGCGAGGAUCCGAGGUCUUACCAGGCCACAUGGUGCCUGUGAAGUGCGAGUACUCCCCGCCGCCCUACACGUUGCCCCUGCAGGAGUCGACCGACGCCCUCACUUCUGCGGGAAGUGGGGCCUCGACCUUCUCCUCCCUCAUGGCCGACCUGAGUCCCCGCAGUUCCUGUGGGGGUCACGAGUCCCAAACCACCUCGGGAGACGAGGAACCGCGAGGGCGCAAACGACGGCUGGAAGACGAGAGCGAAGAGGCGAGGCUGGCGAAGGCGAAGAAGAAAUCUCCUCAGAGCUACGAGGAACUGCAGCAGGCGCGGGUGCUCGCCAAUGUGCGUGAGCGCCAACGCACCCAAAGCCUGAACGAGGCUUUCACCUCCCUCAGAAAAAUCGUCCCUACGCUGCCCUCCGACAAGCUCUCCAAGAUCCAGACGCUGAAGCUGGCCAUCCGCUACAUAGACUUCCUGUACCAGGUCCUGGACACGGACGCGCACGACCAGCGGCUCUCUUCCUCCUGCACGUACGUCGCACACGAGCGCCUCAGCUACGCCUUCAACGUGUGGCGCAUGGAGGGCGCCUGGGGCGGCCACCUUUAAGAGAGAAAGGGGACGCAGACACACCAGACCCAGUGCAGAGAGGAAUGAGUACAUAGCUAUUCGCCAGUGCGUUCUUGUCGGACAGAAAGUUUAUGUCUAAUAAUGAAGAUGCUGAUGAAGAAAUUAUAAAAAAGAAGAGAAAUAAAAUACAGAGUUAAAGAAAUCGCAAUGCAACAAAAAGAGGAGGAAAAGGAAGAAGAAAACAAAUAAAACAUCCUCGCUGGACGUUAACUAGACCCAGGUUGAUUAUUACCGAUAAUCCAGCGGGAGGUGCUUACAGGGAGCUGAUUGAAGUUCCUCGGAUGUGGUGGCAGAGGCUGGCUACCGCUUAGUCUGUUCCUCCAUCCUUGCCUGCCUGCGUGCCUGCCUGAGCGUCCUCAAACUCCGAAGUUAUUCCUGAAAUUUGGCUGUUAUAGAAUAAGAGAUAAAGGAAUUAUACACUACAUAAUGAAUUAGAGAACUAGGACAAAACAAUCGAUAGUGAUUAUUUACUGUCUGAGUGCUGAAGUUGGUGUUAUAAGUGAUUAUGUAUAUAACGUUGUAUUUAUUCAGUUUGACGGUAAAUAUGUGUACAUAGUCUGUAAGGAAGUUAACCAUCUUGAGAAUUACACGUCGCUCAGUGAGAGAACGAGUCCAACAACCCUAGAUAUCCGUACAGUGGCCAACUGGACCGCACACAGAAUGUUGUUACUCUGGAUAUCUAGGAUGCCAACAGCUAACACUUAAGGACGUGUUGAUCACUGGUGUAAUGUGCAAUAUUCCUUUGCAAUAUCCAGUGCAUUCACACAAAGACCGUGCCCCCUGAUUUACCUUUCCAAGACCAAACUUUCCAACAAAAAACCGACAUGUAUCUGAAACUCAGUUUUGUGAGCCGAUUUCACGGAAAUAUAUUUUCAUUGUCUUUAUUUUUAGGGUAAUAUUUCUAUCAAUAUGAUAGAUGUAAGGAAAUUAUGAAAGGUCAGUGAUUUUAGUCUUACUUUAGCCGGACCAUUUAAUAUAAUAUGACAAAAAAAAACAAAGUGUGUUUGUAAACAAAUGAGACGUUUAUGAAUGUAAAAACGUCAAAUCUAGUUCUCGUUUGCUUUAUUUUGUUUCUUUUACGUCAAGCAAAGUGCACUUAGACAGGUUUGUGGAUUCGGGUCCUGACGAAACGUGUGGAUAACUUUUUCCAUACAGGUGAUCCUCAUAUCUCUAAGGUUCACAGUUAGGUAAAGCGCUCCUCACUUCUUACUUGUGGUUUGGUCUCUUGAAAUAUCUGCGCAUCAGCCUUUAAAUAUUCCACAUCGAACGCAUAAUGGGACUGAAAUAAUGUAUGCAAGGGUUUGUCACGAAUGUCUGUUUUCCUUUUUAUAUAAUAGAUUUCUUCGAUAUAAAACCGGUCCGGCGAUGAAAAGACCUAAUAAGGUGUAGAUUGUACAUAUACUACAUAUUAGAUAUUUAUAUAUUAUGCAUAUAUUUCUUAUUUUAUGUGUCAACGCAUGUCUCGUCAUUUGUAUUAGGGGUAUUGAUCUUGAUUUUUUUUUCUCUUUGUGUUUCAUGUCACCAGACUCAGGUAUAUUAUUAGUAGGCAUGUAUGCCUAUUGUCUGUAAAGCAUUCUUACUCGUACUUCCCCCAUUCAUACUGUGUAACUUUCUAAGUGGAAUAAAGUUUAUCGUUUUCAA